ACUCCCUCCUCCUUGCCACCAUCACCCACAAAACCAGGGGCAGACCCAGCACCGCCAGCUGCAGUGUCUAUUUUCAAAAUGACUCGUGACCCCCUGAACCUUCUGAAAUCCAAGUCCAAAGAAAAUGGCAACACAAUCAAUUAUAGCUCCUAUGAGAUGUUGGCUGGCCAUGUGUGGAAAAACGUGUGCAAGGCACGUGGCUUACCCCAUGAUCAAGAAACCAAACUGUACAUUGCUACUGAUGGAAGGUCUAGAUUGAAGCCAGGGCUGCCAGAAGGUUACUUUGGAAAUGUGAUAUUCACAGCCACACCAAUGGCUAUUGCUGGUGAUCUCAUGUCAAAGCCAACUUGGUAUGCUGCGAGCAAAAUUCAUAAUGCUUUGGUGAGAAUGGACAAUGAGUAUCUGAGGUCGGCUUUGGACUACCUAGAGCUUCAACCUGAUCUUAAAGCUCUUGUUCGUGGGGCUCAUACUUUCAAGUGUCCAAAUCUUGGGAUCACUAGUUGGGUUAGGCUGCCAAUACAUGAUGCUGAUUUUGGGUGGGGGAGGCCUAUUUUCAUGGGACCAGGUGGGAUUGCGUACGAGGGACUGUCUUUUAUAAUACCAAGUUCAUCAAAUGAUGGUAGCUUGUCUGUUGCCAUUGCUCUCCAGCCUGACCACAUGAAAGUGUUUCAGGAAUUGUUAUAUGACAUAUAAUUCUUUUUCUUCCUUUUUUUUGGACACUUCAUGAACCUUAUACAUAAUUUAGACCCGUGAACGAUUCAGUAAAGUGUAAUAAUCUGUAACCUCUCUUAAGUUUAUUUCGUUCUGACAUGACUGCUCAGUAUUUAUAAUUUCUGAGAUGCUUCAAUUCACAAGUUCCUCAUAGUAUACAAUGUGUCGACUGUUUUUGGCUGCUGUGUUGUUAAU